CAGCAUGCAACAAACGCUCCCAUCAGAGCGACCUGCAGCACUGCAGUCGGGCUCACCUUUAACCGCUGGAGCUGCAGCUGGAUGACCUCCCUGCUCACUCUGUGAGGAGGCUUUAAACUGGGAACAAACCAAAGAGGAGCUGCUGGAUGAGUUUUAGCUUGUCGGGAUUGCUUUUUUCCCCUAAAGGUGUCAUCACCUGGAUUUUCUCCUGAGACAGUUUGAGAAAGGACUCGUUUUCUGUGUUUUUCUGUUUCUGUGCUGCUGUGGGAACAAACAAUGUUCUUCUCCAGGACAGUCCUGCAGCAGUGGUGCUUUGCUGUCUUCUUGCUCUGCUCUCCGGUGCCGCACUUUGGACGGCCGAUUGAUGCCCUGAGCAGCAGAAUGAAACGCUCGGUGAGUCACGCUCAGCUGAUGCACGACAAAGGCCGGAUGAUGAUGGAACAUGAGCGUGUUUUACUCCUGAAGGCGCUUUUGGACGAAGUCCACACGGCAGAGAUCCGUGACCUCCCUGUGCGGACCACCGGGGGAGGCGGGAGCAGCAGCGACGCCGGGGUGCCGGGGGUCGGCCUGGGAAUCAACCUCAGCACCACCGGCAGCACCCUGCACUCCAAACCCCCCGGAGGCACCAAGAACCUCCCCAUCAGCUUUCGGCUGGAGGAGGAGGAGGGCACCAACCUGCCACAGGAGACCAACAAGUCGCAGACAUACAAAGACGGCGUGAUUAAAAUGUCGGGCAAAAAGAAGAAGAAAUCGAGGGCUGGGAAGAGGAGGGAAGGGGAAAAGAGGAAGAGGAGGGCACGCUCUUUGGGCUGGAGGCUGGAGGAUGAACUGGGGAGCGGACUCCACCUGGAGUGGAGGUCUCUGCUCGGCCUGCAGAGGGCGCUGCAUUAAAACGCCGUCAGUCUCUGACGAAGAAACCUUCGGACGGUCGGAGUGGACUCCUAAAUGCUCACAUUACAGACUCUGUAACUGUGAUUGUUUGGAAAGAAAUUGGAAAAUAUUUAUUGUGUGUAAAUAUUCUAAAUAUAGCAGAGUAGAUAGCAGAAUAUGAUAAGAAAAAAAACCUUAUUGGCGCUCGGCAGGGCGACAGAUUUUACUCUUUGUGAAUCCUUGCUUUUCCCUUUUUAAAAUUUCAAUUAUGUUCAGUUUUUUGCAGUAAUUUAUUUUGUCUGAAUGGUGUAUUUAUUUUGUAAAUGUAUCGAGGUGCUGCUGACCUUCUAUAUUUUUGUACCAUAAUGCACUUUAGAUAUAUAAAUAUAAAUAUAUAUACCAUUAAUUUUGCUCAUUGACUUGUGUUUGUGGGUGAUUGAAAUGAAGAAAAACGACGGUUGUCUCUCUGUGUUACCUUUCAGUCGGUCUGUCCAAGGGUCCAGUUUUCAUUUGUUUGUUUUUUUGUUUCUCUGCUGCUGUUUGUUCGAUUGUUUUCAGUUUGUUGUCUUCAAACCGCUCUGCUUCUCACGGCCAAACUUCACAUGUGUACAUAAACCAAACACGGCUCCAUAUUGUUGUUUUUGGCACUUGCACUGAGAUAAACAGCCUGUACUGAAUGGAUUAAACAUUUGACAGUA